GUUAGUUGUUUUAAAGUAGUUUACAAAUGUGGCUGAACUGUAUUUGUUAAUAAUUCAAACUUGUUGUGUUAUUUGUGAGAACUACUAGAAUCUCAGUGUGUUAAACGUUAUCAGUUAGUGAAAAAUUAAUUGUUUAAUUUUGUUUAGUGAAUUUAAUGGACAAAGUCUUUUAAAAUGGUGAAAGGAAGAGUUUCUUUAUCAAGACUUCUUAAAAAAUCACUAGAAGGUUGUUGUGGAAAAACUAAUGUGAACUUCCUUCCUCCAAGACGGCUCUCUCAUCUUAAGCCUGCAAUUGAAAACCCUAUUCAAAGUUCUGACAUCUCUGUGAGGUUAUGUCCGCCAGACAGAUUGCAACAGAAACCAGAAGUCUCGUCACUUCAGUUUGGGAAGUUCUUCACAGACCACAUGCUGAAGAUCGAGUACCACAAGAGUGCUGGUGGUUGGCAGCAACCUUGCAUCACACCUCUCGAGUACCUCUCACUACAUCCUGCGGCUAAAGUGCUGCAUUACGCUGUUGAGUUAUUUGAAGGCAUGAAGGCGUAUCGAGGAGUAGAUGGCCAGAUAAGAAUAUUCCGCCCAGAGCUGAACAUGCAGAGGAUGAACCUGUCGGCUCUGCGGGCUGGACUGCCACAGUUCGAUAGUGAACAGAUGAUCCGAUGUAUCUGUCGACUCAUCAACAUAGACCAGGAGUGGGUCCCUCACUCUGAAGCUGCUAGUCUCUACAUUCGACCAACACUCAUUGGAACAGAGCCGUCGCUGGGUGUUGCUAUGCCUGAGUCUGCACUGCUCUACACCAUCCUGUGUCCUGUCGGUUCAUACUUCAGUGGACCGAGUUUCAAGCCUGUCUCUCUGCUGGCAGACCCUCGCUUCGUGAGGGCGUGGCCAGGCGGUUGUGGAGACAGAAAGGUCGGCUCCAACUAUGGACCUACCAUCCACAUACAGAAAAUGGCUGAAUCCCAAGGAUACAACCAAGUUCUCUGGCUGUAUGGGGAGGAACAUCAGAUCACAGAAGUUGGCACAAUGAAUAUUUUUAUUCUUCAUCUAGCCGAGAAUGGAGAGAAGGUCCUGGUCACUCCAGAGCUAAAUGGUCUGAUACUCCCAGGUAUCACGAGGCAGAGUAUCCUGGACCUGGCUAGAGAGUGGGGGGAUGUAAGGGUGGAGGAACGAGUCAUCACCAUGAGUGAACUGGUCAACUGGCACAACUCUCAACAAUUGUUAGAAGUAUUUGGUGCAGGCACAGCAUGUGUAGUUUGCCCUGUAGGACUCAUUCAAUACCAGAACAACACCAUUCACCUCCCCACGGCUGAGCAAAAGGAUCCUUUUUUCCUACGAUGUUUACGAACCAUCCUGGACAUUCAGUACGGUCGCAUCCCACACGAAUGGGCUAGGCCUAUUGAUCAGUACUGAUACACAUUUUGUAUACUAAAAUGAUAAGAGUUGUAUAUAUAUUUUUAAUACAGAUCAUUUAGAAACUUUUAAGUUAAAAAAAUGUAUAAUUAUUUAAGAGCAAAAUGCAUUAAUUAAGCUAAGACUAAAAAGGUUCCUAUUUUUAACUGAAUCCACGCCAUAAAUAUUUUCUCCUUCUAUAUAAGUAUAAAAGAGUAUGUUGGUUUGUUUGUAUAUUUUUUUUUUUUGCAGUGAUAAACUCAGACACCGCUGGACCGAUGGCUACGAAAUUUGGUACAUGUUGAAUUUCAUGGAGUAGGUUUACACCAUUAAUUUCGUGAUAACUUUCAGGGCUUAACCCUGGGACUGUCCUAAAGGUACCCAUGUCAGGGAUUUAGAAAAUUUUAGUUAGAUUUGUUUACUAAAAAAAAAACAUAUGGAAUAAAAAAAAAAAUACUAUUGGAGUAGUAUUUAUAAUUGUCUUUAUAAUAAUAUUUAUUAAUGCAAAUACACAAGAGAUUUUCAUUUAAAACACAAAUAUAGUACAAUUGAAAUUUUUAACUGUUUUUUACAGUAAAUUUCAAGACUCACAUUUUUCUCUUAAGUAUUCUUGACCCGUUGCCAACUAUAGCUCGGCCACUUAGAAAACGACCUGCGCGCUAAUGGUAAACCAAUGCUGGAGGAGGUUGUUUUCUAAGCGGCCGAACUAUACUAGUUUAAAUUGAAAGAACAUAAUGCGAUAUUUACGUUACCAACAUAUUUCUGUGACAUGUAGUGUAUUUACAAUAAUGCAGGUUACUUCUAUGGAAUAUUUUUGGGGGGUUUUAACUAGUUAAUUUAAACUAAUUAGUUACACAAGCCAAUUUCAUUUUACCACUUCUACUUUUACAUUGUUGCAUAUACCUAAGGUUGUAAAAUGCAAAUUGUGGUAGUUCAUUAUAAUUAUGCACACAACAAUGUACGUAUGAAAAGGCUUCAUUACAAGUUUCAUCCAAACUAUGAUAAUUAUUGGGCUAGUGUAACUUAGAUUACAAGAAACAUUAUUUUUUUAAUAAUCCAAGUUAGCUAAUUAGGUUCUAGUCCGGAACUGUUUUACACAUUACUUCAGGCUAGUUCUAGAUGGUUGCAGCAUUAUCAAAUGGAUAAAAUCCAUUGGUGAUUGGCGGGACCUCGGGCUCCGAAGCCCCGCCCUCUACCACUAGAACAGCUCGCUCCCCAGUUAGUAAAUACAAGUAAAUAAUCUAUUAAAGAAUUAAAGUUGGUUAUUGAGUUUUGUAUUGGUACUUAAAAUAAUCAUGAAAUCCAUGUAAAAUUAAUGUCUUUUUUAGAACAGCUAUUAGUGUAAGACUUAAGAAAUUUGGUAAAAAAUGCUGAAUAACAUGCAAUUUCACAUCAGCAUAUAUAUGAAAGCAGUUUCCUGGCUGCGGGUUGCAUUUGAAUAUUAUUAGCACAUUUUACAGUAAAAAAAUUAUAAAUGGAGAAAACUAUUUUUAAAUGUACUUAAAGAAAAGCUGCCCGAGUGAAAAUGUGGUUCCAUCUUAAAUUAAAAAGUAUGUGAAAUGAAUACUGACUCGGAUAGAACAAAAUCAUGCAGUCUAAUACAUAUUAAGCUUAUAUUUAUUUUUUGUAAAAUAAAAUUUACUGAUAAGAAUACACUUUAAUUGAAAAAGGUGAAAGUAUUAUGUAUAGUUUUAAUUUAGCCUUGAACUUGUUUGUCUAAUCGUUUGUAAAUUUGUAAA